CAGCGAGUCAUAAACGCAGUGGAUCAUAUGCCGACAGAUUACCCCACGUUUUUAUACUGAUAUAGUAUAUGGUAGGAUAAAGCAAGAUUUAUUUUAAUCUUAAUUCUGUAGCACCACCUAAACUUUGAUGUGCUGCUGUUUAUUUAAAUUCAAAAUGAGAAAGAUUAUGAUUUUUGCUGUAAUUUUGCAUUAGAUUACGUUCUCAACAAAUCAGAAAUCCAAAAUUUAUACGGACAUAUAAGCUUGAUUUUGCCACACAUCAGUUGUCAUAAACAUCUUGGGAAUGGAUGUGAAUGCUGACGACGGCAUUCCCACUGCUGCACCUGGUGCAGUGGAGGAAGAACAACAGCAGCAACAAUCAGAGCAAGAGAUCAAUCAGCAACCAGGCACAGAGUCGGACCUCACCGGCAAUACCUCACAGCCAAUCAAGAAUGAGCAACAAGAUCCACCCACCACCACAACACCUACUCCUGCUGCAGACCCCGCCCCCUCUCAGGAUGCCCCACCCAAUGUUCACCUGACAGUCAUUGACGAGAAGAUGGAAACAAGUAAUGGUGUUUGCCCUGGUCCUAUCGAGAUGUCUCCGACAGCUUCUUCUCCUCGUCAGCAGCAGGCCAACCCCAACCACGCAAACGGGCGAGCCAACCUGAGCAGCUGCUCUGGGUCAAUGAGUCACGCGGGGUCACCUCGACCGUCACUCACCCGACAGCCCAGCACGGCCACUGAUGUUGGAGACGGAUCCAAACCCAAUGAUUAUCUCAUAUGGGCUAUUCUGGCCUGCCUCUGUCCUGUCUGGCCCAUUAACAUCAUCGGCUUGACCUUCUCAGUCAUGUCUCGAAACAGUCUGCAGCAGGGCAAUAUGGAUGGUGCGCGUCGUCUUGGCCAGAAUGCAAAAAUCCUGUCCAUCGUGUCAUUGGUGGGUGGGAUUGUCAUCAUUAUUGUUACUAUCAUCAUCAACUGGGGUGUAAUACUUAAGACCUGAUGGCUGUCACGACACUCAGGGUGAAGUAAAAUUCACAACCAACAACCAAUCCAUGAUGACCAUUUUCUUCUUCCAUGUGUCAUUCAUCUCUCUACAUCUGAAUGCUCCUGAAUGCUUUUUCAUUUGUUUUAUACUCUGUCAGAAGACUCUGAAGCUGGAUGUCACCUUUAUCUUCUAUCGUGCCAGAACAAUCAAAAACAACAUGGACUCUUCAGCUCUUCAAAUGCCUGGAAUCACGAGCGAUGCGGCAAGGCAUGCAUGAUUGUUUUGUUUUUUUCUCUCCCAACAAAGGACUCACCAUUUGAGAUGACGUCAGUGAGGAGACCACAAAUAUGAUCUCAUUUCAUUCGUCAUGCACCCCUUGAGGAUGUGAGGGAGGAAAAGAAUGAGAGAGAAUGGGAAGGGAUUUGGUUCUUGACAAAGAUUAUAAGUAUUUUUUACGCACAAGCUCAUUUUAGUAUCCCUGUUUUCUCAGAAGUGUGAAUCCAUAAAGAAAAGCUCAGAUUAAAAUGUAAUUGAUUAUAUGAAACAGCAGAUGGCUUCCGUAUUGGCAUCCAUCCACAGAUGAGUCCGAAUUACUUUAAGAGCUGCUCUACAGCCUCUCUCUCUCAGAAUGUACAGAGAUUAAGAUGCAGAUUAACACACAUAAACAAAAAAUCAUGUAUCAGAGAAUCCUACAGAUAGAGAAGGAGGGAGAGGUAAGGAGAAAGUGGGAGAGAUCGAGACCAAGCUGCAGUCUUUUGUUUCACACAGAUGGAGGGAUGGAGAGAGAAAGAUAGGGGAGGAGAGGAGGGGGGCAGUACCUUCAGAUGAAAACAUACCCCAGAGAUGGCGAGAUGUAGGGAAUGCAGUAGUGUUGAGGGGGAUCUGAGCUGCCUCUGAUUGGCUGCUUGUGUGUGUGUGUGUGUGUGUGUGUGUGUGUGUGAGAGAAGAAGCCAAUAUCGUAAUGCUCGCCAACAUGCCCUCCCCUCUUCCUUACAGCAAUGCUCGGCCAGAUCCUUCAAGGCAAACAGAAAGCAAACCAUUAAUUUAAUAUUGUUUUAGCAGUAUGAGGCAAAAUUAUGAUACAAACAGUCCUAUUUUUAUACCAUAAUGUUUACAAUGGAAUCAGACACAUUCAGCAGGAAUGCUAGGAUGUUUUGGCCAUGACGAAUCAUUUUACACAGCUCCAAACUGUUUGUUUGGUGGAAUGAUUUGUGUUGCUCAACAGAAUGAUACCUGAAUCAUUCCUGGUCAGGCCACACCGACUGUGCCAAAAUUCAGACUCUGCCAAGACUCCAGCUUAGGUGGGCAUGUUUGUGACUGAAACAGGAAAUGAGAGCAUGGAUGCAUUUUUAAGAAGGCAUAUAUCUAGGGAUGCACUGAUAUUUACAUAUUAGCCCAUACUGGUAAGCCAUUAAUUGUUUCAUUUUAUGGCCAAUAGCCAGGUAAAACACUAAAAAUGUAAUUUAGGCUUUAAAAAAAUUGGUGCUUAAAAUGAACUUUGAGAAUUAUUAAAGAUUACAUUUCACGGUGUUAUUUAAUUAUUCGUGUGUUUAAAGAUUAAGUGAGAGGACAAAGGUAAUCUAAAUGUAAAAAUAUAGGAAAUGAGCA